UUUCUUUUUCCAACCAAGCGCUCCAUCAGGUCUAUUCAUCAUCACAUUUCGAGGCCAACUGCACACGAAAGCAGAAAAUAAAAACCCCAAAGGUACCGAAAGAAUGAGCGAGUUCCCAGGACAUAUGCACGGCGGGCCCGCACCGUAUCACGAUCACAUCUUGACUGUUACGGAUCAGAGUUGUCCCGAUCCUUAUGUGCUAUGGGAUCAGGGAACAUAUUAUAUGACAUUUACUCGCGGUGAUCGGAUUGAGCUUUGGUCCGCAGAUACGCUGUUUGACUUUGAGAAGAGAUGUCGUAAAGAGGUCAUUUGGCGUCCACCUCCCGGAAAACCCUACUCGGGCGACCUUUGGGCUCCAGAACUGCACAACCUCAAUGGGAAAUGGUAUGUCUACUUCGCCGCCGACGACCCAGCACACGGCAACCGCUCGCACCGUAUGUUUGUCCUCAACGGCCCACCAUCCUCCCAAUCCCCACUCGACCCUGCUGCAUGGUCCUUCCACGGGCGUCUGGACGGUAUGCCUGAAGAUCAAUGGGCCAUCGACGGCACGGUCAUCACACUCCACAACUCCCUCUGCUUCGUAUACUCUGGUUGGCCACUAGGCAACUCGCACGACGAAAGCCGCCAGGAAAUCUACAUCAUCGAAAUGACCUCACCUACCAGCGUCACCGGCAGCCCCGUCCGCAUCUCCUCGCCUGAUCAGCCCUGGGAAUUCUCAGGAAAAUCCGGCAUCAACGAGGGCCCGCAGUGGCUCGCGUCCCCCUACGGCAACUGGGCCGGCAUCGUCUACUCGUGCGCCGGAAGCUGGACCCACGAGUACAAAAUGAACAUUCUCUUCUACACUGGCGGUCACCCUCUCGCACCAACCAGCUGGGCCAAAUCCACAAAACCCCUCCUUCAAGCCGCCCGCGAUGACACGCCCCCGUAUGGUCCUGGUCACGGUAACUUCGUCGCUGUUACGGGUCCUGCUGGCCCGGAAGUGUGGGGUGUGUUCCACGCCACAGACCAGAAGACAGGGUGGGAGGGCCGAAAAGCAAGGGUGAUGCGCGUUGGGUGGGGACAAAAUGGUCCAUUUAUGGGGAGUGGGUACUGCGGGCGGUGCUGUGGAGAUGUGAAUCACUUCAUCAAUGGGUGCGAUGGUGGGGUUUGCGGUGGGAAAGGCGAGGUUGGGGGAACUGGGGGGAAUCAGGGCGGUCAUUCUAUCAAUAAUAAGGAUGAUGUUAAGAGAGAGGUCAAAGCUGUGGUUGAUCAGGGGAAGAAGUUGCUCAAUAAGUUUUUGAAGUAAGGUGGGUGCCGGAACAGGGAUGCAUGCGUACACACUUCGAC